AUGAUUCAAAUCUACGAACAAGAUGCUUCCGCAAUCCUGCCGCUUCUAGCAGCCCAACUUCCCUACUCUGUUGUCCUUACUCGUCGUAUACAGCACUCUAUCACAUAUCCAAGCCCCACAGCCAAGAUCCUGGCUACUUUCCAGGGAUCUUCCCCUGACACCCCAUGGCUCGCUGCCGUAGUUGACCUGUUUCGUGGGAGAGAGAUCCAAAUCCUCGUUUACUCCAGCCUAGAAGCGGAGCACACGUCAAUCAUCCCCAUUAUCCCUGAAGUCGGGUCCACUAGUCCUGACUCUUCUGCUGCCCAACUGUCCCUAUCCAGGCUUGCUGCAUCAUCGAUCUCCACUACCCCGGGCCAAGGCCAAGACCAAAAUGAGGCCAAAUAUAGCGUGUCAACUCUGACGGCUCCUCCAGCCGUAUUACGUCAAACACGAGCCCAAUUACUAGCAUUGCUAGCAUACGUCAAGGCAAACCUUUUACCAGAAUACCUGUCAUCCCUGAGUGGAGUCCCCAGAAUAGGAACUGGAACUAGAACUGGAACUGGAACUCCUACCUCGCCGGCAAAGUCCGAUAUUGAAAAUGACGUACCCCUGAUCCCAGCCCCAGAUCCACGGGCUUUUCUGAUAGGAUCCCUUCACACGGGUCUAUUCAAUCUCCUUCUAGACUCAGGUGUCUUUCCAGCCCCCACAGACAACGAGGGUAAUGACAUAGACCCAGUCCCAAUAGCUGGUCUACGCAUCCACCGCUACGAUAACCCACCGUACAAGAAGUAUCUCUUCCGGAGAUCAGUCUUCACUCCGCCGAAAGGCGAGAGCGAGGCUGUCCUCCCACCCGGUUAUCGCUUCGCCGAUCGACAGGGCCGUACAGGCGUCCUUGAUUCCCAGUUAGAUCUAGUGCAGAGUCGCACGCACAUCCCACGCUCCAGAGCCCAAUUGUCCACUAUGCCCGGUGUAGCGAUCUACUAUGAUCCACCGCAAGUGCGUGUCGAUGAAACGACCGAGGAGUGGCCUAUUGCGUGGGCAUUUUUGGGCGUGGAAGGCUCGUUGGCGACGUUGCAUGUUGAGCCUGAGCAUCGGGGAAAGGGUCUUGCGCUUUCUUUGUCUAGGGAGACUAUGAGACGGGGCAUGGCUGAUGGUGGGGUCUUUUGUGCGGAAAAAGCUGGCAUUGAAGAUGAGGGGUUGAAGUCUGCUGUGCAGGGGUGGACGCAUGCUGAUGUUGCCCAGUAUAACACUGCUAGUAAGAAGGUUAUGGAGAAGGUUGGGGGUUCAGUUGUAUCGACGGUUGUGUGGACUGUUAUUGAGGAU